AUGGAGGCCGCCGAAGAGAGCCCGGCCUCUGCGCCCGAAGGGUCGCCCCAAGACGCCUCAGCCGCGUCGAGCAGCAGCACUGGCACAGACGACUCUCCGAGCAGCAGCGCUGGUGCAGGUGAAGUUCCGGUGUCCCCAGACGGCAAGAAGAGGAAAGUGUCCUGGCCCACCGUGUCUGGGAAGAUCCUCCGCAACUGGCUGUUUGAGCACCGCUUUAAGGCCUACCCGUCGGAGGCCGAGAAGCGAAUGCUGUCGGAGCAGACCAGCUUGUCUUACCUGCAGGUCAAUAACUGGUUCGUCAACGCCCGCAGGCGCAUUCUUCCCGAAAUGCUUCAACAGAGCGGAGAAGACCUCGCCACCAGCGUGUGUCACCAAAAAGGCAAGAAUGCAAACGUGAUACACCGGAAGAAAAUCAGUGAAUCCACGCAGGCCAAGUCAGGGCCCGCAUAUCCAGAGGAGACGCAGUGCCCACCCCUGAGCGCUCUGCCAACAGCCCAGGAAUCAGGCGGAAAGCUGCUGGGUCCAGAGGGAGCCCCGCACGAGAAAGUCACAGCCCAGUCCGAAAAAAAGGUCCAGAGUUCGACCAGCGGGCCCUUGUUUAUGUCUUCUCCCAGACCUGGGUCGACGGAGGAAUACGUGGACUUUAGUAACUUCCAGUUGCUAGUCGAUACAGCUGUACAAAAAGCUGCUGAACUGGAGCAAGAGAAGCAGCGAGAGCUCAAUCCAUGA